AUGAUUUCCACGAAAGUCUUGGCUCUCUUUUUGGUGCUUCUCGUCGCCGUUUGUGUUUAUGCUGAAGAAGAAAGUGAACAUGGAUUGGAAGCGACGGGACACGAGAAAACAUUGAUCCGAAAUCGCCGAUGGUGGCCAUGGGGAAUGGGAAUGGGCGGAAUGGGAUAUGGAAUGGGUAUGUAUCCGGGCAUGAUGAUGGGCGGAUGGGGAAUGAGACCAUUCGGCAUCCCACCACCCUCGAAAGGCGCGAAAAAGACAAGCUGGCGAUCGAUCUACAUGGCAACUUUGAUGAUGGCACUUGCUGGCAUCAACAUGUCGAUCUUUUUUAUGGCAAUCUGGCCCUACAUGCAAUCGGCCAAUGUCUCUUUUGGAUGGUGGGCUCAAAAAACGAUGAAAACCGCUCAUCCACUCAUUUUCGGUUUCUCGAUGGCUGCGAUUGGCAAUUUGAUCUACUCAAUUCUGCCGAUUUUACCUGAACAGGCAGCUCUUCCAUUAAUGCUUUUUGGGAGGAUUUUGACCGGUUUCUGUACAGGCUGUCUGGGCGUUCUUCGCUCAUUCGUUGCCAUGUGUUCGGCGGUGGAAGAUCGCAUGAAAGCGAUGUCGACGCUUAGCACUGGGUUGACGAUUGGAUUAUCGAUUGGGCCGGUCAUUCAGAUGUGCUUCAUGCCGAUCGGCUCCGAGGGAAUCCGCGUCUUCGGUCUUAUUCAACUCAAUCAAUACACGACUCCCGGUUUCAUCAUGUUCAUCGUUGGGAUCAUUUGCGUGAUUCUCUUGGUGACAAUCUUCGAGGAGAAUUAUGUGGGAAUCAUUUCAGAUGAUGAGAAAACAAGCAAUCCCUGGUUGGUUAUCCCGAAAUUCGAUCGAGCUCCCGUUCUUGUCAUGUUCUAUUUGUGGGGACUUUUGAUGACAAUCGCCACAUCGAUCUAUUGUGUGGCCACUCCGAUGAGUAUGGCAAUGUUCGGAUGGAGUAGUGAAGAGGCGGUGAUCUACAACGCAGUUCUACAAACCGGCUCGUGCAUCUGCUCGGCAGUGACUGCGUUUCUUCUUGGAAGGACAAGACUUGGGAAUAUGGAUCGUCGUAAACAAUUGAUCAGUGGUUUCUUGAUGUUUUUGCUGAUCAUGAUCCUCUUUUAUCCAUGGUUUUUCUAUCCAGGACCACAGAAUGGUAUUUUCUUAAAGAAUAAGCAAAAAUCUAAAAGUUUUACACAGAAAGAUAUGAUCGCUGCCUGCAACUUUGAUUGGUGUGCGACAAGGAAUAGAAUCCCAUUUUGGGUUUAUUGUUUCUCUUUUGUCAUCCUUCUUGGAAUGGGUUUCCCGCUUUGCAUGACUGCACUCAACACAAGACUCUCUGAGAUUUUGGGACCAAGGAAACAGAGUUUUGUGCAAGGAAUGAUGGCAUUCACGGGCAGUUUGGCUCAAUUCUGGUGUCCAAUUCUUGUGGCUUUCCUCUACGAAAAGGACGGGUUCCGACCGGUUGCCGUGUUGAAUUUCGGGUUGCAUUCCGUUGGAAUCGUUUUGAUCAUUUGGGUGUUUGGGAGGAUGAUUCCAUUGGAGAUGGAACCACCAAUCGGCACACCAACGAAAUACAAAAGAGGCACAUUUUAUCGAAUGAAAAGCGAAUCAAAAGGUGAGAAACAAACGAAUUGGAGAGCGAUUUACAUAGCCGGUGCAAUGUUGGUAUUCUCCGGGAUUAAUCAAAGCAUUUUCUACAUGCCCGUCUGGCCGUACACCAAAUCGAUAGCUCCCGAAACAUCGGUCUCCGCACUCGGGUGGAUCAUUUCAGCGAAUAGUCUUGGAUGCUUAAUGGCGAACCCUAUUUUCGGCUGGUGGUCUCAGAAGAGCAUGAAAGCCGCACAACCAGUCACUUUUGCUUUCACCGCCGCCGCUGUAGGCAAUCUUUUAUACAGUUUAUUGCCAAUUCUCAAUUCUUCCUCGAUCAUCCCAGCCAUGUUAACUGCUCGUUUCCUUUGCGGGAUUGGAGCGGGCACUCUCGGAGUGUUGAGAUCGUUCGCCGCGACAGCGAGCGCCCCAAAAGAUCGUUUACAGGAGAAUUAUGUUGGGAUAAUUUCAGACGACGAGAAAGCACAAAAUCCAUGGCUGGUGAUGCCGAAAUUCGAUCGAAUUCCGCAAAAACGAGAUAUGGGAAAAUGGAUCGUCGUGUACAGAUUUGCCUUGGAAUGUCCACUUUUAUCAUCUAUA